AUGCCGUACAAAUCUCGUUGGACAAUCGAUUGUCCCAACACAAAUCUUGCCUCCUUAUUGUUGAUCUCUCCGACGGCACCGCUGUCUCAGACAAAACCAUGCUUUCUCGAGGCCGCCCGUGCCGAUACUCAUUACUUCACUCCUCAUGACUUUCGACUAUGGAGCCAGCGGUUCGCGGCCGGUUUGCGCAAAGCCGGUCUCCAACCGGGCGAUCGCGUCCUAUUAUUUUCGGGAAAUGACCUUUUCUUCCCCGUCGUUUUCAUGGGCAUCAUCAUAGCUGGUGGCAUCUUCACCGGCGCCAACCCCACUUAUGUAGCCCGUGAGCUGGCCUACCAGCUGGAAGAUAGUGGUGCAAUCUUCCUGAUCUGCACUGCUGGAAGUCUAGAUACGGGUAUUGAAGCUGCGCAGAUGGCUGGGAUGGGAAAAGACAAGGUAUUUGUCUUUGACAAUGCCAUUUUUGACGGACACGGAGAAGGGCAGAAGGGAUGUCCAUAUUGGGGGGACUUGGUUGCUUCGCCGCAAGAAGGACACGGAUUUGCGUGGAAAGAACUCAACACGCCUGAAUUGGCGGAAACCACCACGCUUGCGCUCAAUUACUCAUCGGGUACGACGGGCCGUCCAAAGGGCGUCGAGAUCACGCAUAAGAACUAUGUGUCGAACAUGCUGCAGUACACAUAUAUGAGCACUUUAUACCCGGACUAUGAGGCGCGAAGAGCUCGCGCUCGCUGGCUAUGCUUUCUGCCCAUGUACCAUGCCAUGGCUCAGAAUAUCUUCAUCGCAGCAGCCUUGUGGCGUGGAACACCGGUAUACAUCAUGCCCAAAUUUGAUUUCAUCCAGAUGCUGGAGUAUACGCAAAAGUUCCGCAUCACAGACUAUAUUUUGGUGCCUCCGGUGGUGGUCGCCUUGGCGAAGCACCCCGCCGUGAGAAAGUACGACCUGAGCAGCAUUGAGAGCGUGGGCAGCGGCGCCGCACCUUUGGGGAGAGAGGUGUGCGCUGAGGUCGAAAGGCUCUGGCCAGAAGGGAAAAUCAACAUCAAGCAGGGAUGGGGGAUGACCGAGGCGACCUGUUCCAUUCUGGGCUGGGAUCCCCGUGAAAAUAGUACUUCUGCAUCGGUUGGCGAACUCAACGCCAACUGCGAAGCCAAGAUCAUGGCAGAUGAUGGUGUCACUGAGAUCACAGAGCGAAACAAGCGAGGAGAGCUAUGGGUGCGCGGUCAGAAUGUCAUGAAGGGUUACUGGCGCAAUUCCAAGGCAACCAAGGAGACAAAAACUGAAGACGGAUGGCUUCGGACUGGAGACGUCACCUAUGUCGAUGAUGACGGCAAAUUUCAUGUCGUGGAUCGUAUGAAGGAAUUGAUCAAGGUCAAAGGUAAUCAGGUCGCCCCAGCUGAGCUGGAGGCGUUCCUUCUCGAACACCCCGCCGUGGCAGACGUGGCAGUGAUUGGUGUCACAAUAAACAACGACGAGCGCCCUCGAGCGUACAUUGUUCUCAAGCCUGGGCAUUCUGCGACCGCCGAAGACAUCAUCAAGUUCAUGAACGGUCAAGUCUCCGCAACCAAGCGUAUCACCGGCGGGGUGAUUUUUUGUGACGCUAUCCCCAAGAAUCCCUCGGGCAAAAUUAUGCGGAGGACGCUACGCGACCAGGCAGCAGCGGAGCUCAAGCAGAGCAGUGCAACUGCUAAGCUAUAG